AUGGGCUCCUCAGCAUCCAAGAUUGGCCGCGCGGCUCCGGCAGCUGCACGGCGAUAUCCAUCAUGGAGAUACAGCGGCAAGGCGCCGCCAAAUUUACGUCCUGCUGACCAGAGUACACGACAAUCAAGACAAUCAAGGGACAGUAGCAAAAAGGGCGAUGAAGCAAAAGCAGAUGGAAGCGACCCUGACUUCGCACCUGCCGACUUCUCCCAACGUCUCUAUGGAAUGGGCAUGGUACAACCGAAUGCAACAUUCUCACCGUCAUUAACAGCCCGAAACGAUGUUCGAAACGCAGUGAGCGAUCCUUCGAUGACACAAUACCCACCAACCAAACAGAAUGCUACAUUAUCGGUCCUGGAAGCCCGUCGGUAUCUCCAACAGCAGGCGAAUGAUGAUAUCGCUAAAAUCGGACUUCGUAGGGGGCAGCACAAAAGAUUUAUCGAUAUGAGAACCUUGAUUGAUACCAUGAAAUUGCGGGAUCAGGGCAUGCCUUACACGGAAAUUGAGGAACGCCACUGUCUCGAACCUGGAACGGUCAGAAAACUUGGUCGUCAUGGAGUUUUCUCAUACGUCUCCAAGACUAGGUAA